AUGGGCGUAAUUGAUUUAUCACAGAGCUAUGUAUGCGCGUCUGCUGCAAGGUGGGAAUAUGUGGCGGCUAUACAGAAUGGCUCUAAACUAACGGAGCAGAUGGCGAAAUUAGAAGAGGAGCGGGCAGGAAGAAUGAUGGCCGAGGCAAAUCGGGACGUGCUUGUGGAAGCCAUCAAGAAGUUAGAGGCAGAGCUGGCAGAGGCAAAAAAGAGGGUGACUGCCACAAAGGAGAAGCUGGUAGGCACUUUCGGACUCAAAGUAGAGCGAGACAAACUGAAAGCUGACUUGGUGGAUAUGACCAAUAAGUGGAUGGAGAAAAAUCAAGUCUGCGUUCAACAUGAAGCCCUCAUGGAGAAGCUUAGCAGUAUGAUGAACGACCUUGAGGAGGAUAUAGUGUCAUUGCAGACUGAUAAGGAGAUCUUAGAAAAAGAGAAAAAAGAGCUGGAGCGAAAGUCAAAUGAUCUUGAGGCCAGCGCAGCGGACGCCAGGAAGCAGAAGUUGGAGGCUAAACUUCAUUUAGGGAAGAAGUUGAAGGAAGCAGAAGAGACGGUGGCCGAAACCAAGAAACAGUUGGAGGAGAUGGCAGAGAGGGCAGCAGAGGUGGCGAUUGAAGCCACAAGGCAGCACAUUCGAAAUCGCGAGAUCACCGAACGCAAACUUGUGAGGGUGGCUAAGGUAGAUACUGCGAAGUAUCUGGAUCUGGCAUUACGCAAUAAGAAGCAUACCCCAGAGGAGAAAUGGGCAAAACUGGAGAUGUAUUGUAAAAGCGUCGAUGUGAAAAUAGGAGAGUAUGAUGUCGACAAGUAUUUGAAUGAACUUAGGGAUCUGCAGAUUUCCUAUCCGUCGUGUCAUCUGGAGAAGUUGAAGUUGAGGGGCGACGCGCUGGGGUUGAUGUAUAAUGCCAACGGGGAAGCUGUUGAAGAUAGUGUGGUCAAUGUGGCGUCUGAUCAGAAGGCAGCAGAAUCCGUGCCUGUUGCAGAGGCCAAGCCAGAUGGUGAAAGAGGUACCGUAGAAUGA